AUGGGCAACAUUUCCACUGAAGCAAAGUGCGAAAGUAGAUCGUCGCCUAAGAUCACCAAAGAUUCACCCCCAUCACCAUCACCACCACCACCACCAAAUGUGAUCCACUUCGAGGACAUCUCGGCGCAGGUGUACCCCGACCGACCGGAGACCUCGGUGGGAACCUCGUCGACCUGCAAACGAUUGGACACCGGUUCUCAGCGAGGACUGGCCACCGGCGAGGCCUUCAUCAAGGUGCGCUGCCUGUCGAAGAUCGCCAAGGUGGUCGAGUCGAGUCCACUGGUGAAGCUGCUGAUGAGCGCCCUAAAGUCAAAGGGCUGCGAACUGGACCUCAGCCGGCACAUCGUCUGCGAGAACUGCUCCGAGGAGGUGACCGGCGGCUACGACACCCUGGAGAACCAGAUUAUCGUCUGUCAGAACCGCGUCUACACCGAGGAGAUGACCGCGGCGGUGAUCAGCCACGAGCUGAUUCACAUGUUCGACUACUGCCGCGCGAAGAUGGACUUUGCCAAUCUGGAGCACAUUGCCUGCUCAGAG